GAGCUCUUUCUCUACAUUUCUUUCACUCUUACUCUCAUCUUGUCUUCCCUUAUCUCCUUCAUUUAACGCACCUGUAUCCAUUAUGUCUGAAAACGUCGACGCUCUUGCACCUAGAGGGCAGGAAGAGGAGCACGAGCCUCAUUUCGAGCCAGUGAUCAAGCUCACUGAACAGGUUGAGAUCAAGACACAUGAAGAGGAUGAGGAGGUUCUGUUCAAGAUGCGUGCCAAACUCUUCCGUUUCGCCACAGAGUCUUCAGAAUGGAAAGAGCGAGGUACUGGUGAUGUUCGACUGUUGCAGCACAAGGAGACCAAGAAGGUUCGCCUUGUCAUGCGACGGGAUAAGACUUUGAAAGUUUGCGCCAACCAUGCUAUCACUCCCGAUAUCAAGCUUCAACCAAAUGUCGGAUCAGACAGAAGUUGGGUGUACAAAGUCGCUGCCGAUUACUCUGAGGAACCUCCUACCUCUGAGACUCUCGCCAUUCGUUUCGCCAACUCCGAGAAUGCUCAGCAGUUCAAGGACGAGUUCGAGAAGGCGCAGAAAAUCAACGCCGAGCUCUCUCGUGCCGCACCCCCUGCCGCCCCCGCCGCUCCUGUCGAGGCUGAGGCUGCUACGAAGGAAGAGACGACUGAGGAGAAGAAGCCCGAGGAGCCCAAGGAGAGUGAGGAGGUAACAGAGUCUAAGGAGGAGCCCAAGGAAGAGCCCAAGGAGGAGCCUAAGGCGGAGGAAGAGAAGAAGGCAGAAUAAAUGAUCUGUAUCGACACCAUCAUCGCACAUUUUUGUUUGAAUGUUUGUAGCAUUCUCAAUCGUCAUCAUCCGAUAACUCUUGUACUGGCUUCCUGAGCGUCCUUGUUCCGACAAUAUCAAGAUACACUUCCAGGCUUCCACAUACUACUACAAUGAUAUCAUCCAGCUACUACAGUAUACAGGAAAUCUGUUAUGAGGGAGCACGUGAUGACCGUUUUUCCUCUUCUUCCGCCCAUGCAGCCCAAAAUGCAGGUGCUUCGCCUUUGCGCC